CGAUCGCAUGUAAAGUUCUUUUUUUUAAAUAGGUCACGGUAUGAUUUGUUUUCAGGCUUCAGUGCGGUGUUGGUGUGCUGUGAUUUAGCGGUAGCGAGUAUAGCGCAACCUAAGCCAGUCCGUCGGUCGCCCAUCGCUCGCACACUCGUUCGGCGCGCAACGCACUGCGUCCGCCCGCCCAAAUCACGCGAUUUUCAUAAAACUUAUAAUAAAUUUAGAAAAAACUUGUUUACGUGUGGACUGUUUUUUUUAAAUCUGUGACGGAACAAGGAUGCCCGCUAUGCAAAGCUUCAUGGACUUUUGAGCUGAAUUGGAAAGCCUAAAUUUAUAAAAAGUGGUGGCCCGCACGACGGAUGAGGACGAGCUGCACGACGGCAGCGCCGAUGUCGCGCUGACCGGCUACCCCUUCGUCAUGAACGACCUGUAUGUCGACGCGCGCAGGAUGCAACUCUACUCCCACCCGCAUAUGCACCCGACGGAGCUGACGGUGCAGGCCGUGUCGUCGCACGAGCUGUUGAAGCCCAAGGAUGAGCCCUCUUACACCCUGGCGCCAAGCUCCACGCUUUGUUCGGUGGAACUCCAUCACCCAGGUUCUUCCCCGUACGAAAAUCGGCUAUGUCUUCAAGACAACCAUGGCCCGGACACAUCGAAUUCUCAGAGCGUGAAGGGCGACGAGGAGCUGUCCAGAGUUUACCAAACUUUGAACAUGCAACCACUCUCGAGAGAAGAGAACACCAGCUCUAAUAACAGUAGCGAAACUAAAAGCAAGUCAAAAUCUGCGACUCCGGCCAGCCCCGGACGCUCGGAAAUGAAGCCCCAGUCAACCACGACCUCGCAGGCCCUCACCAAGCCCCCCUACUCCUACGUCGCCCUCAUCACCAUGGCCAUCCACAGCAGCCAGUCUAAGCGUGCCACGCUUAGCGAGAUAUACGCAUACAUCACCAAGGAGUUCCCUUUCUUCGAGAAGAACAAGAAAGGCUGGCAGAACUCCAUUCGACACAACUUGAGUCUCAACGAUUGCUUUAUCAAGGUUCCGAGAGAAGGCGGGGGCGAGAGGAAAGGCAAUUACUGGACUCUUGAUCCCCACUGCGGUGACAUGUUCGAGAACGGGAACUACCGUCGCCGACGCAGGAUGAAGCGGCCGUCGAGGGCCACUCCGUACUCCAAGUCGAUAUUCGGAGACGCGUACCAUGUAGCCCACGUGGCUCAGCAUGUGCCUCCCCAUAUGCAACCUCUUCCGUUGGGCGGGAGAAACUACUUUGGAGCUACGUCUCCUUAUCCGCCGUCUUACCCGAGAUAUGACACGGCAUGGUUGUCUCCCUCUAGCGCCGGACUGGGUUACGGCGGCGCAUGCGGCGGUGUUGGCCGCAGCCCGCCCGGCUGCUCGCCGCACACCGCACUGCCGCACCAGUCCUCGCCAGUGUCGCUCAACCCGUUCGCAUCGCAUCAGCUUCAGGGUCAGAUACAGAGUCCCCUGCAACCGAUGCAGUCAAUGCCAAUGAACUACAACACUAUAGGAGGUGUCACUUCUUUGGACGGAUCUCCAAGCCCCGGGCCAGGCUAUGCGCACUCCUCAGGCGGAUUCUCACCGGGCCGACACCAUGACGUUGUGACCUCUUCUGACACCGCCGUCACAAGAUUCCCCUUUUGGACAGAAGGAGGAUCCCCGAGCCCCAACCCAGGCUACGUGCCGUCGAGCAACUACUCGCCCACACGACGACACGAGGCCGUCACGUCUUCCGACGCGGCCUCCCGCUUUUCGUUCUGGCCUGAAGCCGUCGGUGUCAAAGAGGAGGCGUCGACGACUCUCAUUACCAACGCCGCGCCCUACUCCAAAUGUUUCAUGUGAGAUCAGAGCGAAGCGAGAAACUCACAACACUACUAUCCUGGCCCUUUUAAGUGAAGUAAUCUUUAAUUACAAUAAUCAGCGGCCUGCUUUACGAAAGCUUCUACGACCCUAUCUAACAAAAAGAGUUAAAAAGAGACUUCCAUUACCUAAUAUAAAAAAUUGCAAUUUUAGAAAAGCGGGCUCUGAUGGUUCAUUUACAUAUUUAUAUUACUUAUACCCACAAUUUCGUGUGAGUUUAUGAAUGUAUACAUUUUACACUUUUGUUUUAGGUCGGAAUACGAAAUUGAGUGUAGGUGUUUGACGACUAAUGUAAAGAAAUUAAAAGCAAAACUAAGUAUUUGUAUAUUUCCAAGAGUUUUUCAUGCUGUCAUAUCAUUUCGUGGUUCGUUAUCGGGAUUUACCCAGACAUUCGUGUUACAUAGCUUUCCUUAAUGGCAAACUAAAGUGACACAAUCAAAUUACGCAAACACAAACCACGAAAUGAAUUGUUUAGUUUAAAGAUGGUAUGUACCUAAUAUGAAGUAUAAUUUAAAUUUUGAGUGAUGUGAUUUGAUUACUAGCAUAUAACAAGGGGCAUAUACCAGGAUAGAAAAAUCAAAUCUUAUCUGUAAUAUAAUGUGUAGUGAACUGUUAAAACGAUAAGGUAAUAUAAUGUGUAUAUACAAUUCUAACGUUAAACGUGCAUUUAAAUGUCUAAGUAGGGGAAAACAGAUUUGGAGUAAUUCUCGACUUUAUUAAAUGUGUUUAAUGUAUUUUAUGUAUGUUGUAAUAUUCGUUGUUUAUUCGUAUAAUAAUUGAAUAUUAGAAUUAAAAGAAAUCAGAUUGUUAACAUGUAAACCACACAUCGUUGCUAAAAACGCUGUAACCUAACAACUUUUUUACUUCACGGACAUAUUCGUCUAUCCCACCGUUGCAGUAGGUUUCGUAUUUCAUUGUGAAAAAUUAUUGAUUAUAUUUUAUUCUUUAAGUAGAGAGAAUUAAGAUGGGCAGGCUCAACAGAUUACUAGCUACAAAAUGUUAUUAUGAAUGUAUCUAUGAUUGGUCUAAUUAUAAAAUGGUGGUGCCUCUUUAACUUUGCUCACCCGUUACCAUCAAGAUGUCGUCUCUUUGACUUCCCCAAUCCAAGUGAACGAGUCUGCACAACCGUCCGUUUAACUCCCGCUUACCCCUACCACUUGCUAACUCAAGUGUUGCCAGGUAACUCAUUAAACAUUAACCAUUACCCUAAUAUAAAUUCAGGUAUUUUAAGAAAGUUGCCAAGUAAAAUUCAUAUUUGCUUACACUUUUUGAUAUAAUUACUAAAAAAUUAUGACAUUCGGCCAUCCUACUUCGUGCAUGACUCCGGCGCACGAAACUCAAUUUAAGGUCGAAAAGAAAAUAGCUGAGAAAGCUCCUUUCGAAACACUUAUAAAACAUUUCUUAUACACUGAAAUAAAUCGUACCUACUCCAUAAAAUUCCCCUGAGACCGAAAUCCUUUUUCAGCUUCUUAUAGUUGUAAACAAUAACAUUAAAUGUGUAAACUUUGUUUUAAAUCAAUAUGUUUGAGAUCGCGUCUAUCAUGACAUUCGGCCUUCAGUUCUUUCCUUUGUUUAUGUUCACUGUCAAUUGCAUAUGUUUAGCUUUAUGAGAAUUUGACUUUAAACAUUUCUUCUAGAUCUCAAAAUCAACUUAUUAGACACUUAUUGUCUUCUACUACAAGUAUGCAAUAAGUAGUUAAUUAUUUACUUCUACGUAUCUUACAAACGCUUAACACAUUUUUCAUCAUACAGCAAUAUAAGUUUAUGCAACAAAUAUAUUUUAUUCAAUGAAUUUGAUAGUCUUCAAGUAAAAUAUGAUAUUGUACCUUUAAAAGUUUAAAUUUGAAUAUUAUGAACACAAAGUAUUUUUUUUUUUAUAUUUCUCUGAAACAGACCUGACAAAUAAAUCAGAUUUUAGUACCUCUCUAGGAAGUUAUUUAUUUAUUAUCUUGGGCUGUUACAAUCCCCUUUAUGCUUUAUAGGAUCAAUGAGUAAUGUAAUGAGUAUGUAAGUAUGUACUAGGAUACUUUGAGUGUAAAUCCAUAUUGGUAUGUGUAUUUCCAAAUAGGUACCUAAAAAAACGGGAUACAAAUAAUUCUCAAACUUACAAAAGCGUAGCUGCUACAUUUGUUAUAGUAAAAAAAAAUGUUUUCAUUAUUUAUCGUUUAUGAUUUCUAGCUGUAACACUAUUUUCAGCUUGUAUGUUAUAGGUCUAAAAGCUAUAUUUUCUUUAUUUUAUUAGCAUAUAACCUUGCUAACCUGUUUCCGAAUAUUAAACUUAAAGCCGACAGAAACACUUGAGACAGGUUUCAGUAGUAAAACGCAGACUUUAUCAAUUUUAUCAUGCAUAAUUGUAGAUUUUUAUUUUUGCAAAUAAUAUUAAAUAAUUGCAUAAUGUCCAAUAUUGUGAUGCAUUUUCUAAAUUUCAAAGUCUAUUUGACACCAAAUAUAUCUACUAAUUUAUCUGUUUUUCUUGAAGAUUUAUUUUAUUUUAUUUAUUGUAACAGAAAUAAAUCAACUGGUCGGACCAAAUGGAAGAUUAGCAUUUUGUGCACACCCUUUUGAUAUCAUUCGUUACAGCAGUCUUCUAAAGAUGGCAAUUUUUUUAAAAUUAAAGUAAGCUUUCCAAAAAAAAACAUGUUUCUUCACACUCUUUCAAUAUUAUUUAUCACAGCAAUCAUCCAAAGAUAGCAGAUUUUUCAAAUCAAUGCAAACAUUUCUGACGAAACCAAUCUUAUUGGUGUAAUUGAUUUCUUCUUUCAUACCAAUUUCAUACUAACUUAAUUGAUUUUAACUAUCUAUAGUGCAUAUAAAGCCAUUUAUGGCAAUUAUAAUAUUCAACUCUAUUGACAGUCUUAAAAUUCAAUUCGAAAUAAACAAUUUUAUGUGACAUAUAUUUUUAAGUGUACCGACAUAUGUUAUAUACCUACUCAAUAACCGUUUCAAUGUUAUUUUAUUACCUCUGUUAAGAUGAACUUCAAAAUGUAAGUGUUCCAUUAAUAAAUAAAUGAACCAUAGACACAAUGACACGAAAUUCACUUUUUGAAAAUAAAACGUAAAUAAUACAGAAACUAGAUAUUAAAAGCGGAAAUGUGGAAAGUCAUGUGAUAUGCCAACUACAACUUAUGAAAAUUAUGAAUUACAUUUUUUUUAUCCUGAUCCUGAUACAAACGAAGCAUCACAAUCGAAGCAUAACAAGGCAAACUACAGAUUGUAUCUUGAUUUCAUUACUGAAUGAAUGAAGUGCUGAAGAGGGGAGUGCAUUUUAAAGAUGGUUGAUCUCUGACAUCACUCUGCUGCUAUCGGGGAAAGGCUGUAAAAGCUAAUCGUAGAUUGUGCUCUCGACGAUGGUACUGCCUUUUGUAGGUAUUUAGACAAUGCCUUAAACAAUAUAUUAGUUGCCUUCCCCAUUAUGGCAAUUUCUUUUUUUUACGAUAACUAGAGAACUGUAAGACUUACUGACCCUUUCUUGCACUUAAAUGAAAGGUAAUAAAAUUUACUACAACCUUAUUCAUUGCAAUAUAUCUCAUAUCUUGAGCGGUUGUGCCCAUAUUUGUCUUAAAAUAUAGGAAAAACUAAAAAUUCCAUUCUAAGGAAAAAAAUACCCUUUUUAAAAGCCUCAUCUCUCAAGAACUAUUUUACAUACGGCUCUGUAAAUAGGCUUAAAUUGUUCCAAAUUUAAUGUACUUUCAAUAUUACACAGCAAGUUUUGACCAAAAACCCAUAGUUUUUUAAUAAAACUGCAAAGCCUCAAAAAAGUCCAAAAUUUUUGCAGUUUUGCGCAAAUUACCCAGGGCGCACAACUUUUUUUUGCUUGCAAAACAUAGUCUCAUAUUCCUCCAAGGACUCCAAACAACAUGCAAAAAAUACAGAACUACAUCACGCAAUGUUUUUUAUUGUAAGAUUUGACCGAUCUAUAGUAGAAAUCCCGUAAAAUAAGUAUUUAAUACCUGUUUUUAAACACUGACAUCAUUCAAUCAAAAGUCAUAUGGUUGGUAAAGUUUCACUUGUCAUUAACUUCUGUCCUUUUUAAAAGAAUUACUCCCAUACUGUUGUUAAUAUUAUUUCAAUUUGGUUAUUAUGUUGAGACUAUUUGCAGUAUCUCUCAUUAACCACGUUUUAAAAGAGGAAUAAAACAUUAACAUUUACUGCGCAACCCGAUCGAAAUAGGUAAUACACGUAUCCGUGAAAUAUUUCAUAUACUUGAAAUGUAGGUACUCAAAUGUUUCAUAUCAUAAUUGAUGAUUGGUGUAUACACAAAAACAAUUCUCAUUUUGAGUCUCGUUAAAUACUACUCAUAAGUUCAUAACAUGGUCAGGUUGAAAAGAAAAAAAAAAACCGGUCAAGUGCGAGUCGAACUCGCGUCCCAAGAGUUCCGUACUGCACACAUUUUCGUACGAGCGAGCAAGGUACAUUCAACUGUUCAUUCAAUUUUUCCACACACGGCUGGCUAUCGUUAAUUUUGUUCGAAGUUCGCAAAUUGCUGGGGUCUCACUCUGUCACUCUAAUUACGGUUUCAUUGGAGUAAAAGAGAAAUCCCCGCAAUUUGCGAACUUCGGUGUUCGCGGUAGACCCUCUGUUAACAAUCCAACCUUUAUGCAUUAGCGCCACCAGAAGAAACUACGAGUACGAUCCGGCGCGGAUUCUAAUUUUGAAAUACAUUUGAGUAUGUCAAUGACAAGAAAAAACAAUACAAUUAACACGUUCACUGCGUAACAGGUCAUUUUGACCCUGUACUGGACUUUCGCCUGGUGCGGCGACCGAAAUACGUAACAUCCCCCCGGUGCGAAGGCGAUAAUGUUGUGAUAUUUGAAUUGUUUUAUAUAGUCAAGUAUACAUUUAUGUUUGUCAUUUAACAUUCUACCCGACAGGAUAUAAAUUAAAACCAAUUAAGACCAGAUUAAAACUUUUCCUAUUCAGUGCGGAACAGGGCCUAUAUGACCUGUUGUGUACGGCCUUGUAUAGCACUGCAGGUAAGGGCAGUGCGCAUUAGUGUUGUUACCCAGUUAUCACUACACAUGUUUGUUGAUUAUGAUUAUAGUGGUAAAAUGACUGCAUAUUAUUAAGCUUAAAAAGAAGAUUAAAAUGGUACAGAAAAUUAAUAAUGAGCAUUUUAUUUGGGACUUGUAUUGUAAACGCCUGGAUUGUACAUGCAGCCUCUUAGUUAAAAAGGGAAUUUGCUUCACUUUACUGAGUUGUUAGUGCAGUUAUUCACAAAAGUUUCAUUCAAAGACGAAAAAAAAUUGAUAUGCAGACAUGCAUACACAUUCAGUAAGAAUUGCCUUAAAAAUAAACACUAAAAAUAUGAAUAAAUUGAAUCAAUAUAUUUGUUUAUCUUUCCCAUCACUACUAAAUCAUCGACACUUUUACCCCUGCCCGCACUGGCUGUGCGUUACAAGUCAAUUUUGACCUGUUAAUUAAUUCGUCUAUAAAAGCUCAACCAACGGUCAUCAACUUCGGCGAAGGCAAUAUAAGGUAGAUUAGUUAUUAAACUAAACUUUGUCAUAAUUAAAUUUAAUAAGUAUAUAUUUAGUAAAGAUAUUUUAGGUAAAAUAUAAGCCCCUUCAUACAGGCUGUAAUUGACUUGUACCGCACAGCGAAAAAGUUCAAUACAGGACUCUCAUGGGUUGUAACGCACUGAAAGCGAGUUCACAAAAUGCAGCUUCGCAUUGAACGUGUUAAUGUCAACAUCUUAAUGUAAAGACUACAAUCAAUAUUGUAAAGUUAUUAUAAUAUAACUAGUUUUCAUAAUUCUACAACAAAGACAAGAAUAUAGUUAACGCCUAGUAACCGCGUUAACAUUUGAUCAAAGAAGCGGUGGUGGCCGAGUGGAUAUGACGUCCGACUUUCAAUCCGGAGGUCGCGGGUUCAAAUCCUGGCUCGUACUCGUACCAAUGAGUUGUUAGGAACUUAUGUAAAAAAUAUCAUUUAAUAUUUACCACUAGCUUUUCGGUGAAGGAAAACAUCGUGAGGAAACCUGCAUACAUCUGCGAAGAAAUUCAAAGGUGUAUGUGAAGUCCCCAAUCUGCAUUGGGCUAGCGUGGGGACUAUAGCCCAAGCCCUCUCGCGCAUGAGAGGAGGCCUGUGUCUAGCAGUGGAACGUAUAUAGGCUGAAUUAUUAUAUUAUUAUGUUUAAAAUUCAUUUGUUUUUAUUAAAUGUCCGUCUUUGGGUCACAGACUUCCAUAUGUGUACCAAAUUUCAACUUGAUUGGUCCAGUAGUUUUGGAGCAAAUAGGCUGUGACAGACGGACAGACAGACGCACGAGUGAUCCUAUAAAGGUAUAAGGGUUCCGUUUUUUCCUUUUGAGUUACGGAACCCUAAAAAACGAGUUUUUACACUUCUUUAUACAUUUCUGCAUAAACUUUUUUUCUUACAUCCUUUUAUCUAAUUAAUAUUAGAAGGUAUGUAGCAAAACCAGAUGCAUACACCCUUUUCAUGUCUUUACAACCGCCCAGACUCAGUCUUACAUAGAUUCAAAAUACUUGUUAUCGCAAAAACACACAACAAGAACUACCAGAAUAUUAAUAAAAAAUCUGUGGAGCUGUCGCUAGUAGGACAUAAAUCCGUUGCACUCUCACGAUAUCUAUGCCUACUUUUUUUUUUACCACUCUAUACAUUUUGACAUGAUCUGCAAUAAACGAUAAACAUUAGCCUGUCAGAUCCUUCCGACAUCAGUUUUUUUUAAGUACUUUUAGGUCCGGCAGGUAUGCUGAACUUCAUUAACGUACACUCGCACUAUACUAUGUAUUACUUGUUCCAAACAUCUCUACAUUUUCAAAUCUAAAUAAAAGGUCAUCUUCAUCAGACGCAUACCCGCGUUACACGAAACGAAACGCCAAUGACGAAUGCUUAAGUAGUACAAAUGACGCACAUUCGUGUCAUAUAGAACUUAACCUCAAUGACGCCCCAACGACAAAAAAUUCAGCUCCAAUGAUGUCUCCACGUCAUACAAAACAACAUCAAUGACGCCACCACGUCACACAAAUGACAAAUCCAUGUCACACAAAUGAUAAAUCCAUGUCACACAAAUGACGAAUCCAUGUCACACAAAUGACGCCUCCACGUCACACACAAAUGACGCCAACACGUCAUACACAAAUGUCACCUCCAUGUCAUACAAAUGACGCCAACACGUCAUACAUAAAUGACACCUCCAUGUCAUACAAAUGACGCCAACACGUCAUAUACAAAUGACACCUCCAUGUCAUACAAAUGACGCCAACAUGUCAUACACAAAUGACACCUCCAUGUCAUACAAAUGACGCCAACACGCCAUACACAAAUGACACCUCCAUGUGACAAGCUCAUAUUAACGUCGAUCAAAAGUAUCAGGACCCCUGUGCUAUUGUUAUCUUACUAAUGUCAUAUUUAUUUCGUAAUGGCACUGCAUAACACAAUACUACGGUACUCAUUUAAAUUAUAAUGAUUAUAUUGUACCAUAAAAUAUUAAUAGUUUGCAUAUGGCAAAAAAUUCAAAUAGUUUUUAAACGAGAGGAACAAAGUACCGUUGUCACUAAAAGUUGCUGGACAAAAACUAUACCUAAAUAGUUAAUCAGUUUCGAUAAACAAGGCUUAAUCCGUCCCAAUUAACCGCGAUAGGCUAGACAUGUCCUAUAUUUUAUGAAAUAAAUAAGACAUAAUUCAAUAGCACAAAUUUCCGAUCACUGACCACCAGCACAAGUCCACAUAUCAAUCUGUAAUCAUAAAACAUAAAAAGAUCAAAAUAAUAGGCAUUUCAAAUAUGUACCUAUACGUAUCUACUCAUAAAUGUAUCAAUUUUCUCACGACGUUGCAAUUUGAUGACAAUAAUUUUGAUCAUUUAUAGAUAAUAGGUACAUAUAAAACAAUAAUCUGUGCUUACAUAACUAUCAACUUAUGAACUCAUUCCAAAAUCUAAAGUCUGCCGCUUUAAUACUACAAUAAUUAUAAUUUCAUUGUAGGUAGAUGUCGUAAUAGCAACCGACUAAAAUAAUUGUACCAUUCAAAUGAUAUCGAAAAUUAUUCAGAUACUCUA